AAUUAUUUAUUGUCGGUUAUUCAACAGCAUAUUACCGCAUAUUACCGCGUAUAUUAGUUUCGGUUUCGGCUGCAACGUCGAGUGCGAAUGCGUUUGAAAGCGCGACGAAAUCCGACCUGUGCUUACCUAAAUUGCUUAUCUUUUUACGCAGGCGUGUGCGUUCUUCGGCUAAAAAAGUGACGUUUUAAAAUAUGGGUGUCCCUUUUUGCCCGUUCACAUACCGUGAGUGAUUCAUACGGUAAAUUUGGGUGAAUACAUGCUUGAAGAAAGAAGAAAAAAGAAACAAUUCAGACAUUGAACAACAACAAUUCUGCACUGCUGUGGUGGGCGUUGGAGUUUUUGCAUGAGAGAAGCGAAAACCUAAUAAGGGUUCGGCAUCUACAUGGUAAUCUGUGAUGUCGUCCUCCGGACUCAUGCUCAGCACGACGUUUGCCGUAGUCGCUGAAGAAUGAGUGUAGGCUUUUCAUCCAAGCCCAACUCCUGCAUGCAUGCAACUACCCUACUUCUUGCGGCCUUUUUCUGCUAUACAGUACAGAGUUUCAAGCCAGACCCUGGUCACUUCAACACACCGCAUGAAGCCAUCGAAUAUGUUGCAUGGAAAGCUUUAAAAGAAGGCAAGCCUUCGUGUGUUACAGUUCAUCCCUUAGGAAUCAGCCUAUUCUGUAUCAUGGGGGAGUGUAUCCAGGACGGAAAUGGAAGCUCUUACUGCAAAUGCAGCCAAUACUUUACAGGCCUCACAUGUUCAGUCUACAAGGGCAAGUGUACAUCAGAAAGCAUCUGUGGUCCUCACUUGUGCCAGGACAACCCCAACAAAAUUAGCUUGUACGAGUGUGUGUGCAAGCCCGGCUACUAUGUUCCCGACAGCCCAGCAUUCUCUCACUGCAUGCCAGCCAGUAUUCUCAGUAGUGCUAUGGGGCAAAAAUACAGCGAGAGCUCAACCAAUGCAACCACACUGCCAUCCACGGCGACUCCAGAUGAACAGCUUGCAGAAACAAGCAUGCUUUUGAACAUCUCUGAGGACAACACCAGAACUUUGGAGGACCCUGUUACAACAGAAAGCAAUGCCUCUCAACCAGCAGUGCAGUGUAAAAGCUCAGGAUUUAACAUGCACUUUAUUCAGCAAGAGGAAGAAAACAAGACAGCAGAUGUUUUCAUACGAGCAUUCCAAAAUGCUACUGGGCAAGAUGAGCCAGUUGAAACCACAAGAGCUGUGGAGACCAACAGCCAUAUUACAGUCCUUAAAAAUCAGCAGUACUCUGCAGCUUACAGUAUUGAUGGUGGAGACGAAACCAAGGAAGAAACAGAAAAGAAUGUAGCGAAAUCUCAUGUGGGUCUCAGCAGUGCACCCGUUAUAGCAGCAUUAGCAGACUACCAUGGAGCAUUAAUUUCUGCACCUCAGCAGCACGGCAAACGAGCAGUGAAGCAGCAGGUACCUGUUAUACAGAGAAGGUGUGCUUCAACUUUCCAGAGGGAACAAGACGAGACAUUUGAAACCCAACUAACUCUAGAUGACCUGGCAACUUAUAAAGCUGACAGUGAGCAAGGAGGUGUUGACGAGUAUCGCAUGCCUAUCGACAGCCAUCCAGGCAACCAAGUACUAGAGCUUGAACACAUAAUGAGCAGUACUGCAGUUCCUCUGCAGCCUUUUCAGAAGGAAUCUUUGAAUGAAGAUGACAAAGACUAUGAAGUCACUCAGUUCAGGAAAAGGCUUCUGAAGAUAACACCAGCCAAGCUUUUUAAGAAUGAAGGAAAUAGCGACAAUUUAUUGCACAGACCUGCUGCCUAUUUAGUUGCCAGUGAAACAAAAAGAAAGAAAGCUAGAAAGAGCUACAUGAGAUAUAAGCAACUACCUGUUGAAGCCCAGGAUGACAUUAUUGACAGCUUGAAGCAUGCAGUGGAGGUUGAUGAGUACAGAAAGACAAACAAUAUCAGCAAACCUGGUCAUGACAGUGAAAUUACAGAAAGAACUAUCAUGGUGCCUGAGAAGAGAAAACGCAGAAAGUCAAGUCUUCUGCAAGAAAAUGGUGCUGUAGAUAAAGCCAGCACAAAACAGAAACUGGCUGCAAGUUCAGUCAUAGCUUCCGAGAAGAGAAAGGAGAUAUCUCUGCUAACUCAACAGCGCAAAUCAGUUGGGUUCGUCAGACAACAUUUUGCUGAGAAGAAUCACCUGGAAGAAGCCACAUAUAGACCUGGUGAAAACUAUGAAAGAAAAAUUGGGAACUUGCAGAAAUACAGUGUAAUACCUGUCAUGAACUGGAAAGAAAACAUACUCUCACAGAACAGAGAUAAAAUGACCCAUACGACAAGUGAUGCAAUAAGCUGGAAGAACGAAAAGCUCAGGGUUCAUUCCAUUUUACAUGAUGCUGCCACCAAGUGGGUGCAUAAAUUUCAAGAGUCAGAAGUGCAACAUCAAGUUACAAGUGCUACAAAAGAUAGGGUGUCAACAUGCUGCAAUAAUUCAUCAAUGCUUACAUCAGAUCCAAGGUCCAAAACUUCUCUUGCAAUGACACAAUCCUUUUUGGACAAAAGUAUUCACCAGAAUAUUUCGAAAUUUAUCGAAAGCCAGACAGAGGUCAGCCAUAAGUCGCAGUUGUUGCGUGUACAAGAUGACGUUAUGGUUAAAGACUCCAAAACGAAUGACAAAGUCACUCCACAGUAUCGACAACCAAAAAGUCAUCGUUUUACAGGCAAAAAUGCAAUGCUGUUCUUCAAUGUAACAGUUUUAAGUGAUGGUGGAAGGAACAAAUCAUCUGCUUUGUACCUUGUUCCUUUUGCUGGAAGCAAAGCCAUUAUGAUAUCAUGGGGCACAUACAAUGACUCCUCAUGACACAUACUAGUUCGUUUGUACUGGAAAAGUUGAAAGUGUAUCACAGAAACUACUAGACAGUGCACCAUACCCAUCGGCCUGGUGUUUUACUGGUAUGGACUAGCAAGUGAACCUAUGUGGCUAAGCAGUGACUUGUAAUGCAAAUUAUUGCAUGCUGUGCCACUUAUAGAUCUGACAUUCCAACAGUGUUGGUAGAGCUUAUCUCGCAGUACUUUUUUUUUCUUUGUCCCAACUAUUUAAAAAGCAUGUCAACAUUAAGAUUGAGCAGCCAGUGUAUUAACUCAGUCUUUAUAAACUGUUUAGGCAUACCA